AUGCAAACAGUAUGUUUGUAUAUUUUAAGUAAAAUGACCAGGGAGGACUCAACCCGCGUUUUAGGGUUUCAACAACUGAAUGGGGAAGUCCCAAGUUCAAGUCGACCACGAGCAGCCGGAAAGAGAAUCGAUCAUAAGGCGCAGCCAAACGACAUCUCUGUUGCCGAUAUCGUUAAGCGAUUAUCAGAUGAUUCCGCGAUUCGCAAAAGAGAUACUGCUGUGUUGUUACCUGUGGCUCAACCAAUUCUGCAUUCUUCCGACACUGGUUGGACGCUAUCUGGGAACGAACCUCUCAAGGUCGGUCGGUGUGGAAUUCGUUCAGACGAAACCAUUUGCUGGGUACAAUAA